UUCAUCUUGCCAUUUUGAUCUGAAAUCAUAGUGAAAUCAUCACGAAACAAACGGCGCAUAAAUAGAAAACGAAAUUUUUUUGAAAGGCUCUCUCAAAAGGAUUGUCGCGUGCUAACUCGAGAUGGAGACCGUGAGAUACUACGCGAAUUACAUAGAUCCUCACUGGAUCACCAUAGUGGCGACAGGGUUGUAUACGCAUUUGCGACAGAUCUGCAUAAUCGGUCUGUGUUUCGAGGAGGAAAGCUUUUUGCCUUUUGAUCCAUCGUACGCGUCGGUACUCUUUGUGUUCUCGGUUUUAUGUCUAAUAGCGGAAUACAGACUAUGGCCUGUAACACUGAAAGAGCCACCAAUUCAGCUACUAUACAUUUACGAAAUGUUAGUAGCUGCAUUGAGUACAAAUUUAGCGAUCCAAAUGGUAUGGACUCCAAUGAUGCAUGCAAUUUUCUGUCUAACUCAAGAAUCCAGUAAGUGGUUGGUGUGGUUGAACGAUGCCAUGGGCCUAGAUAGUUACUCUUGGUUAUACAUCUUUGCGGAGUACAUGGCUACAGACUACGCAGCCACAUACAUGGCUUUUUGCAUGUCAUUAUUGUCGUUUGUAUGGAUGCUGGACGCCACUGAAUCUCUGGACACGUUUCUGGAUACGUGGAGCAAGUAGUGAAUCCUGAAAACUUGAAAAUCUUAUCCGCAAAAUUGUUCGGCAUGUAAUAAAAUUACGAAGCAAUUCGUCCAUCCAUUCUUAAACGUAUACAAUUUCUAAUAAAAAGAUAUCUUGUUGCCGGAUUAAGCGUCAUGCAAAAUUUAAAUUUCUUAAAUAAAGUUUAUAACAAAACCAUUUAUCACUUAACAAUUUCUCCACAGAAUUCCUUAUUUAAAUAGCCUUUGCUAGUUGCGAAAUAUCAAUCGUAAACUUUUCGUGUUUGCUUAAAGCCUCGAGUAAUUUAAUUUAUGUCCCUCUAUGUUCCUACACAC